AUGGCAUCGGGUUUAUUCUUCGAUCCUAUUGCGCUGCUCCGUAUCACCCCCGCCAUUUCGUCUACCUGCUCGCUAUGGUUCGGCUGGGACCAGUACGAGUUUCUACAACUAUUCCUCGACCCAAGCAAACGGGACUUGGUCAAUCAACUUUUGCCGUCUUACUUCAGCACCUUCUUCGACCGGGGCGCGCCUCGGGUAGUUGGCCUAGUCUUCAUCACCAUCGUGUCGUCUGCGGCUAACUUAUGGUACGCAUCGGACAACCUACUACACGAACGCGGCUCGUUCAUUUGGUACUCUGGUGCCAUCGCGUUCGCGAUUGGCCACCAAGUAUACUUCCCUUUCGUUCUUCCUCACAUCCGAGCCAUCACCGGCGACGCCAAGGAGAAGAAUGUGAGUGAGCUUAGGAGCUGGCUCUAUGUUCAUAAUUGGAGGACAUUGACGGUGGAUUUGGCUGGUUGGGUUUGCUGUGUUGUUGCCGCCGUCAAGACUUUCUCCGCAUAG